AUGCUGCUGAAUCUAACUCAUGGCGGUGUUCCCUUGCUAAACUUUCUUCUCGGUCACUACUUGGUGGAACAGGAUUUAUCUGGCUGGGAAACAAGCAUCAAGAUCAUCGCGUCCUCGCCCAGAGGCUUCCUCGAUGUUUUGGGUCUCAAUUUCCUAUCAAACAACUUUAGCAUCGAGGCAAGAUCCCAAGACAUUAGUAAAGAUUCUGUCAGACGCACGCAGAGAAUCCUAGAGUUGGGCUGUCAUACUUAUCGAGAGGGCAACAUCGCGAUGGAGGCAAGACUCUCAGGCUUGACUUGCAAGGUCAGGCUUCGGGGAAAGGCCUGUGCUCAAAAGCAAAUGCCUUUUCGGAGAAGGCUGCAUGCAGCGCCUGAUGAUUACAACAUAAAGUCCUUUUUCUUCGAGAUUGAAGCUUUUCGAAAGCUUCACGGUUGCAAAAGAAUCUCCGAAUUUGUUGGCGUGGUUCUCGACGACAACCAACGAUACAUUAAAUCAUUCCUCCGUGCCUGGGAGCCUCACACCGUGACCGACUUGCUCCGGCAAAGCGUCAAAGCCAGCAAACCAAUUCCCUGGCCCAGCACAGAGAGGUGGGCAAAGCAAAUUGUCGAAGCCGUGAGCUUUGCCCAUUCAAACAAAGUGAUCCUCGGCAGGCUACACUUGGGCUAUUUCGGCGUCAACGACCAAAACAACAUCAGCCUCCUUCACAUCAGGAACGAGCCGCCUGCUACGAUCCACGGAUGGUCACCGCCAGAAUGCAGAAACGACCGCUUUACACCAACACGAGAAUCCGACAUCUACCAGCUCGGCCUUCUUCUUUGGCUGCUCACAGACUUUAGCGCCGCAAUCCCGUCAAGCAAGUACUCGUUCCCAAAAGAGACGGUGUUUUGGGAGAGAAGAGUACGCCCGGACACCACCUAUGAGGGCCGUCCUGCCGACUUGCCGCCUUGCCAGCUGCACGUCCCUCUCUACUACCAGGCAAUCGUCAAGAUGUGUCGCCAGGAGCUUCCCAGUGGCAGAAAGGCAGCUAGCGAGCUGCUUUUGCAUUUCCCUGGACAAUCCUUGAAUUGCCAAAGCACCGCCUAUUACCACCGGCUGGUCUAUGGGGACAUUCAAAAUAGCCCGUGGAUGUUCCCUCCGCCAACGGAUAGGCUGGAAGGCCUGCAUAUCGACAACGACAGCCCCGGAUUACCGCGCAACAUCGAGAUCAGUGGGUUCCUUUAA